AUGGAGACGCGUGGCCCUUCCCGGGCGCAAGGCGCCGCCGGAAGCCGCUGGCUCAGCGGCCGCGGGUCUCCAGCCGCCGGAGGUGCGGAGGAGCGGUCCCGCGGGCGGAUGGACCGCGGCGGUGGGGCCCGGCCGUUGGAGGACGGCGAGGACGAGGACGAGGAGGAGCGACAGGGCUGCAUGGCGGCCUCGCAAGUCUCCAGAUUGCCCCCCAUCGAGGGUUGCACCUCAGAACUGAACAAACAGAAGGUGAAGAAGAAAAAAAAGAAGAAAAAGACCAAGAGGUCGGGCAAAGGGGACGAUAAACACCAGAGUCAAGGCAUGAAGACUCAGCAGCUGUCUCCAACCUUCCAUGACAUACUAGGUCCCAGCAAAGAUCACGGCCCGGGGCCAGAGCACAGGCAGAACAGGGAUGAAAGCAAGCUCUUCUCCUACUCCACCACUGUAAGCCUCCCCCACUUUGUCGAAAUAGAAGAGACCCUUUCCAACCAGGUCAAUGAAAGUCUGCGCUGGGAUGGCAUUCUUGCCGACCCAGAGGCUGAGAAGGAAAGGAUUCGCGUUUACAAGCUGAACCGGAGGAAGAGGUACCGAAUUUGGGCCCUGAAGGGCUUGCACUCUGACCCCGGUGCCGCGGAGACCCCCGAGGACCCAGCCUACCUCUCGGAUCAGCACAGUGGCAGCAGCAGGCAGCUGACGGCCAAGGGCCCCAACCACUGCUCCGAAGGAAGCCUCGUGUCGACGGACAUACCACCCUGAAUGUGCCCAAUCUCAUCUGAUCUCGGAAGCUAAGUGGGGUCGGGCCUGGCUAAUACUUGGAUGGGAGAAGGAAACCUUAUCCCGAAGCUCCUCCACUCCGACUUCCCUGCUGCUCUGCUGGAGCCAAAGCCCACCCAUGACCCGGACAAGCUUAUGAUUUAUCCUUCCCACCAGUCUAUGUGUUACAACUGUGUCUAUACGUAAAUAAAGGGAAAUCAGACUUAGCUCUGAAGGAA